AUGCGUCAACUCAAGCAUCACGAGAAAAAAUUAUUGAAAAAAGUAGAUUUCCUGCAAUGGAAGAACGAUUCGACCUUACGUGAAGCCAAAGUCAUGAGGAGGUAUCAUGUUCAGAGACGCGAGGACUAUCAUGCGUACAACUUACUGUGUGGAGAGAUUCGGAAACUGUCGCAUCGUCUAUCACUUCUGCCCCCUCAAGACCCGUUUCGGACGCAGAUGGAGUCCGCCUUACUCGACAAGCUCUACGACAUCGGAAUCCUGGAUGGUUCAGGGCGAACGGAGGAAGCUCAAGGGGGCAAGAUGAGCGAUAUCGAAACAAAGGUGACCGUCAGUGCUUUCUGUCGUCGUCGACUUGCGGUGGUUGCCUGUCGACUGAAGAUGGCCGAGACGGUGAAAAUGGCCGUACAGUAUAUUGAACAGGGUCAUAUCCGCGUUGGGCCUGAUUUGAUAACCGAUCCUGCAUUCCUUGUGACCAGGAAUAUGGAGGACUUUAUCACCUGGGUCGAUACGAGCAAGCUCAAGCGCCACAUCCAAACUUACGCUGGUCAAGUCGACGAUUUCGAUUUGCUUUAG